CACCGCGAAUGAUAGGCCGAUUUGGGAGGUGUUUGUGUUUGUGUUAAUAUAAACCAAUAUAUUAAAUAUGAUACAUCUGACAGGCCAAAACUAUAAUGCGCGUGAUAUAAUAAGGAACAUAUUUUCGCCAUUGAUUGGCGUGCUGAGCAGCAACUUGGCCGAUGAGAUAUGCCAUCGCAACAACUUGUCCUUCGUGGAGCUGCUGCAGCCGUUUGCCAAGCUGCCCAAUGACGCGCACUUUCGGGAUGUAUCCGGAACGACUGUCUCUGUGCGUGGCCUGCGUCUCAAUUUUUGUGACGUGGACUGGCGCCCACCACAAACCGUGCUGGCGCGGAAAAUGCUGAACGAGUCGGUGACAAAUGCGCACAAUGAAAAAACAAGGGUCGCUACAAUUGCUGGCAUCGAUCUAGAGGUGCCCACAGCGGAGCCUUGGUUUGAGCAAUGGCGGGAAACCUUCUUGACUGUACAGUUUCCGGCGGAGCACGAGUUUACUCGUCAUUUGUUAAGCUGCCUGCUUGUAUUGUCCAGCGCCGAUACACAGAUUGUUGAUACAGCCCUUAAACUAACGCAGCGCGUGCAGCAAAUGCAAAACAUAACGCCACAGAAGCUGCCCAAAUGGUUCCAGCCCACAGAGGUGCUCAACAGCUACGUGGUGCUGCACGAAGCUAGCCAAGGGGAUCUUUCCAAGGCGCAGCAGGGCUUUGAGCUCUUGAAGUCUACAUUUGGUGACAAUAAGUGCUUCCUUGUUUCGAUUAACUCCAACGAGGGAAAUAGCGCCAGCGAUAUACAGGACUUAUGGACAAACUAUAUUAAACGACAGCCGAAAGCCGAUCAAAUAACAUCCAGUGAGCUCAGUGCGCCCAAAUCACCACAGGAAGCUGUCUCGGUGAUAAGCAUGCCGGCAAUGCAAAUGUCGCAGCUAAUGGAUAGUCAGGUUGCACAGGAAAACGAUCUCACCAUGCUGCAUCCGCUUAGUCCCAUGCAAGAGAGCGCCACCGAGGCGAUCAACUCCAAGUUCAGCAUCAGCAGCGAAAGCAUCGCCUCGCAGACAAUCAAUCCGAAUGUCUGGGCCAACGAGCUGGAUGCGGAUGCACCGCAUGGCGGCUGCCUGGCUGCACGCGAUGUUGAUAAUUUGCGUCACUUUGUGCAGGAUUAUGCGGUGCGUGCUUUAAUACCCUACGUUGAGCAUCUGGUGGUCACACUCAGCGAAGGAGUCACAAAUAAAAAGGGGGUCAGCAAAUCGCUGCUAAGUGCCACAAAACGUUGGUUCGUCACCAGCAAACCCGGGGCAGGUGCCAACAAUCAAAAUGCUGUCAUCUAUACGAAUGAAUCAGCGGAGCUGCAAACGCGUAAACUGGGCGAUCUAUACUUUAUGUUUGGACACUAUAAUCUGGCCUUUCAGUCGUAUCACCAGGCCAAGCGAGACUUUAAUGCGGACUCCGCCUGGCAGUACUAUGCGGGUGCUUUAGAAAUGGCUGCACUGUCAGCCUUUAUGCUGGGAACAGCGCAUCGCAAGACUUACGACUACAUGGAGGAUGCCAUCGUUUGCUAUUUGACUGUGUGCAAGCUUCAGCAAUUCGCCACACGUGCCACGCUGCUGAGCAUGGAAUGCUUAAAGACCGCGCGCCAGUACGGUGAGGUGGCCAAGCAGCUGAUACGCAUGACCAGCGAGGAGUCGGAUCUGCGUUCUGCGCUGUUGCUCGAGCAGGCAGCAUAUUGUUUUCUGGUUACACAGCCGCCCAUGCAUCGCAAAUAUGCAUUUCACAUUGUGCUCGCCGGUAAUCGGUAUUCUCGGGCGGGGCAACGAAAGCACGCCUAUCGCUGCUAUCGUCAGGCCUAUCAGGUAUUCCAGCAGCGUCAGUGGAGUCUAGCCGAGGAUCACAUACAAUACACAGUGGCCAAGCAGGCGUAUAUGCUGAAGCAGCUGGAGGAGGCGAGUCGCUCCUUUGCCCAUUUGUUGCGUCCAGGCAGCUUGCAGAGUGCCCAGCAGCAGAGUAGCUUUCUAAAGGAGUACAUACAAACGCAAAAUGAGUUACUCAAGCGCAGUCCGGAGCUUGGUUUGUUACCACACGCUUUGCCUCAAGUAGUUCAGUCCUCGGUACGCGUGCUGACACUUGUGCAGCCGCCCAGCGUACAGCCGCCACAAGUGCCAGCCAGCAAUAUAGAUAUAAACUCGAAUUUGACCGCUGACGAAUCAAUUUGGCACAAGAUUGAGGAAAUGCUGGUCAUCACAGCCGCAUCGAAUAAGCCAUUUGUAUUUAAACCUUCGCGUUAUUUGUACACCAAGCAACAGCCGGCCACAGAAUGUCCGCUGGCCGUGCAGGGAGAGCCCAUUGAGUUGGCCGUGACGUUGUCCAACAGCGUUCGCUGUCCCAUUUCCUUGUCAGAAAUUGAUGUGUUGUGGCGGCUCACGCUGGACAAUGAGGAGGUACUCUCUAAUCUCUGCUUAUACGAACAAUCGUCGGACAGUGCCAGCAAAGCGGCUGUAAGUGCGGCCAUCAAAACCAGCUGUCUGUCAGCCUUAGAGCUGGCGGAACAAGCAAAUCAACUCCUACAUUUCAAGCUAACACCCAAGCUUACCGGGCGAUUAUCCAUACUGGGCGUGGUCUGUCGCGUCGCAGCCAAGGCGGAACCAACAGCUAGCUUGUUGGGUCUUCUGCAGUUUGAGACACAACGCAUUAAACCUUCGACGGCUAAACAAUCCUCCCAGACCCUGCUGGACAACAGGCUGAGCAUUAAGCUAGUGCCGCAGGUGCCUUCCCUGAGCGUCAGCUUUAGUCCAGUGCCCAGCGAGUUGCUCGCUGGUGAAAUUGUGCCCGUUUCAAUAACACUGCGUAAUUUGGGCAUAUCACCAAUCGAGGAAAUCUAUUUGGGCUGCGAUAAUCCGCGUUGCCUGACCCUACUCGACCAACAGAAUACUGAAAUGCCACUAACUAUACUGAGCUCACUGCGAAACCUCUCGAAUGACAAGCUGGUCAAGGACAAGGAGAUACGACGUCAACGCGUUUUCCGAUUGCUGCAGCGCCCUGGACAGGCUGCACUGGAUGCACAACAGGGACACACAAUAUCCAUGUGGUUGCAGGCACCGCACACCGCUGGCGCCUUUACCCUACGUCUACUCUUUUACUAUGCGCUCCCAGCUGCUGCGAAUGCACACAUCAAAUAUCGUCUGGUUCGUCACAUUUGGCAAGUGCAGGUGCAGAGUUGCCUGCAGGCGGAAGCCACUUGUGUGGUCAGUAAUGCCGUGACCCGCGAACUGGGUCUAGAUGUUAGCCUAAAAAAUGUGCAUGCGGCACAGUCAACGGAAGUGUAUAUUAAUUCCUUGUCCUUGUACUCCAGGGAGUAUUCGUUGAAGCCACGAAAUUUAUAUAUUAUGAACAACAUGGAAUUGUGCGCUGGCCAAGCUGGUGCCCAUUGCCUCAAAUCAGUCAAAUGUUGCAGCUUUCAGUGUCGACUGCAGGGCAAAGAGAUGGAUGAACUACAAGAUAUGCCGACACUUAAAACCCUGUUGCAAACACGCUUGUCACGCUUAGAUAUUAUGCCGGCACAGCAUGCGCAGCAGUUGGAGCAGCAUGCGCCUCAGCUACAGGAACCGCACAGCUUUCUGGCCAACGAGGAAACCGUUUACUUCAACACAAACAUAAGUACGGAGGAGUUCAAUGCCAGCAUUGCUAGCUAUGAGCCGCAUGCCACCAUAGCGCUAAGCUGGAGUGCGCUAGUUCAACGAGACGAUGUGCAGCGAGUGGCCAGCGGUCUGCACUUUAUUAAGCUGUAUAAUCUCUACGAAACCGGCAGCUGUCCAGCCGUUGGUGAAGCUUUGCUUUGGCGUCGACAGUCCACAAGCGAGCCACAUAAUAAGCGGGAAUUCCAAUUGCCAGAAGAUGCUGGCAAUGAAGCUGCCAGCGAGCCAUUGGCCGAUGAUGACAUGGCUGACUUCUGGGAACCGAAUGAACACUAUGUGGCUCAGCGCUGUCUGCUUGAAGAUGAGACAUUUGUGCUAUCAGCCAGAGCCUAGGUAAGCUUAACAACGUUCCAAAUAUUGUGUCUUUUGCAUGUGAUUAUACAGAUCUACAUAGCUAAUAAAUUGAUUGUUAAUCUACAUGUUAUAAUACAUAUAAGAUACCUGCAA